UGGGGAGUCCAUUCAUUCUUUCGGAAUGAAAGACGCGGGUCAAGCUGGAGGUAAAGAAAGCAAGACACAAGCUUUAGCUGUGCAACGGAGGACUACGUCGGUGAAAAUUAAACUUGCAAUUACGAAGGGUAUUACGGCCACCGAUGCAUCAUUGAGUAAGAAGCGUAAGGCGGGUAUAUCAUUUGAAGGGGAAUUCGCAGCUCUCAUUCGUGGCCUAGACGACAUCAUCAGUUCCGAUGCCUUCGAAGACGAGACGAUGCCCAGCUGCGAUGUUGUGCGCAGCUGGAUCAGAAAGUUUCUCGAGGCCAAUAUUAUGAACAAGACUGAAUUUUCUCGAGUUAUCGGGUGCAAUACAAAUACUCUGAAUACUUUUCCUAGACAGACUGGGCCCGACGGUGGACAGGAUAGUUCCGCAUAUCACAACACUUGGACAUGGUUGAAGCGACGCCAAGUAGUGAAGUUAGCGAUGCCGAAUACGAAGAAGCAAACGCAAGGGGCCAAUUCUCCGAGGUCACACACAAGCAGGUCGGAUUCAAAAAUGUUACCGGCGGUGGUUUCACUCCCAGACAUCAAGCACAUCUCCUUAGACGAUGAGGAGAUAGACUUGGUUAGCUGGUGGGACUCAUCCGACGAGAUCCGACGGAAGAUCAGUGCGCACCUGGAGACUCAGGGAGUAACACGGGCCCAAUUCUUUCGUGAUCUGUACGCGCAGCUCAAUGCGCCUACGAUUGAGAGCAUCCAGUCAAAACAACUUAAUGAUUUCCGUCGUGGUCACGGUGCCAAAACAGGAGCUAAGGGCACCGUCUUCUAUGCCGCAUAUGUAUACUUUGAAAAGCUGCGUCUUGCGCAGGGUAAGCCUAAGACGGAGCACCGCUUGGAUAUGGAGGAUAUCUGGGCGUGGAAGAGUGGUUUCGACCGUGAGACUGAUCACAGGACCGUGUUCCUUGGAUCAGCAAGCUCGAGCCCUUACAUUCAGUUCGAUCGCUAUGGCCGCAUCGUUCCGACUCCUAUGUACUUUUAA